ACUACAUAAAUCAUCAAAUCCUCUACAAUAACAGCAGCAUCGGAUAAGGAUAAAACCCAGUAUCACAAACUCUCUUUCGCGUCAAUUACCUCGUGUCAGGUCCCAACCCCCCUCUAGAACCCCGUUAAUUCUUUACAUACGCUAAUCCCCAAUUCGGACAGUAUAUAUACCCCCUUUCAACUCGGGCCCCCUUCUUCUUCAAGAAACACAAGUGCUCUUUCCUUCUUCCCCCAAAGAGAAAAAACAAAACCACAACAAGUACAGUUCACCUUCCUUCCUUCCGUCCGUCCGUCCCUGCUCACAUGGAUAAAGUGAAAGUUCCAAACAGCUGGAUGAGAACCGCCGUCAUCGGCAGAGGCUCCUUCGGGACUGUCAGUCUUGCUGUCAACAAGUCCAACGGUGCCCUUUUUGCUGUCAAGUCCGUUGAUACCAACUCUGCCUUGCCUUCCCAAAUUGAGGCGCUGGAGAAUGAAAUUGGAAUCCUCCGCUCGCUCUCUUCGCCUUACGUGGUGGAGUGCCUGGGUGAUGACGUGACGGUGGAGGCGCCCAGUAUGACGCCGCUUAGGAACCUGCACAUGGAGUACUUGCCAGGUGGCACCGUAGCUGAUGUGGCAAGAUCAUAUACUCCCUGUGGCGGCGGGGCCGAUGAAUGGAUUGUAAAGAAUUACACCUUCUGCAUCGUCUCCGGGUUGAAGUAUCUUCACUCCCAAGGCAUUGUGCAUUGCGACGUGAAGGGUGACAAUGUCUUGGUAGGUCCUGCUCCAGGCACCUCCAAGCUGGCCGACUUUGGAUCGGCGAUGGAAAUCCGCCGCUGUAGGAAGGCGAGCAUCACGCCGCGUGGGACUCCCCUGUGGAUGGCGCCGGAGGCGGUUAGAGGGGAGUAUCAGGGGCCGGAAUCCGACGUCUGGUCCUUGGGCUGUACGGUCAUCGAGAUGGUGACCGGAAAACCCGCGUGGGAAGAUAAAGGAGCGGCGGACACGCUCUGUAGAAUCGGUUACUCGGACGAGUUGCCUCGGUUACCAACUCAGUUGUCGGAAUUGUGUCGCGACUUUGUGGAAAAAUGCUUGCGAAGAGACGUUAGUGAAAGAUGGAGCUGCGAUCAGCUGUUACAGCAUCCGUUUCUAUCAAUGUGCUCACCGUCCUCCGAUUUACCCGCUUAUUAUUGGUCGCCACGUUGCGUGCUGGAUUGGUUCAAUUCAGAUUCCGAUGAAGAAGAUGAGGAAGAAACACCGAGCAGCGGGAGUAGGAUCAGUGAUUCCGACGUGAGGGGUAGGCUUGGGAGAUUGGCUGAAGGGAGAGGGGCAAUUUGGGAAUCGGAUGGUUGGGUGGAGGUAAGGGGUUUAGCUAGUAGCAGUAGUACAGAAAGAGAAGAGGAGGUUUCACUUCCGGUUUCGGAGGCGGGGCGUUGUGGCAGAGGGGGAGAAGGGACGAGUUCGGAAUAUGGGGAAUUGAUGCGGAUGGAAAUUUCGGGGGCAGAGGUGGAAUAUGGGGAUUCCCUUGGGAUUGGGGAAUUCAGUAGAAGGACGAGCGGGGAAUAUUUGGCAGAUUCUAAUUGCAGUGCCGUAGCAGAAGCGCGAAUUGAUAGCCGCCACGACGGCGUCGUUACGGACUCCGGACGGGUUGAGCGGCCUCAAGCUGGAGAUUCACAUGGGGGAUGCACAUGUCCAUUUUUAGCUUUACUUUAUUUAUUUUUUUAUUUUCAACCGACUCGACGACAGAAUUUGUAUCCAAUUCCUUCAUUCCGUGGCAUAUACGAGAAAGUUUUGCUACAUUUGCUUUUGUGCAAGACAACAGCGUAUUAUUUGAAUUUUGUUAAUUUUUACGAGUCACUCAAACUUCCCCGCCUCCCCGAAAUUUAUGAAUGGGCCAAACCCCGACUUACAACAUAA